GUUUUAUCUGCUCCUCCAGCGCUCUGAUCGUCUGCAGCUUCCUCCCUGCAGGAAACCAGAGAGAAAAGAGCAGGACGCUGCCACCGGCUGCAGACUGACAUGUCAUCUGAUUGGCUCUGCAGGUGGCUAACAGGAACCUCAGCCCCGAGGGCCAAAAAUCAAAACACGGCUCCACAAACAGCUGGAGAACAAACUCCCUGAUCCGUCGGGCUGCAGAGGACAGCAGGCAGCUGUAAACAGGAAGAAGUAAAGAUGGAUGAAGAGCAGUUAACUGGUUACAUCAAAACAAAUUCAGAGCUGGAAAAACUGGUUGAAGCUCCACCUCUGAGCUGAAGAAAAAUCUCUUUCGAUUACAAGAGAACAAAGAGACGGUCKGAUUCAUCAAACUGAAGCUGAAAGUCUGAGAAGACGAAGGAACUACAGGACAGAACAGAAACUAACUGAGAAAAAAUGUCGGAGGAUUUCUGCUCUCAGCACUCCGAGAAGCUCAAACUGUUCUGCCAGGAUCACCUGCGUCCCAUCUGCGUCAUCUGUCGGGACUCCAAAACUCACAGCGGCCACCGGUUCAAACCCGUGGACGAGGCCGCGAGGGAGUACGGCCAGCAGACCCAGGACGUCCUCGCCCUCGUCCUGGAAAAACGAAAAACCUUCGAGCAGKUCAAAGAAAACUAUGACCAAACGGCCAAACACAUCCAGGUCCAGAGUCUUCAGACGGAGAAGCAGAUCAGAGAGGAGUUCAAGAAGCUCCGUCAGUUUUUAGAGCGAGAAGAAAGUGUCCGGAUCGCUGCUCUGAAGGAGGAGGAGAAAGAGAAAACUCAGCUGAUGACGGAGAAGAUUAAAGGUGUUGAAAAGGAAAUGGAGUCCAUCUCAAAGACGAUCCAGUCCACGAUUAAAGACCUGGAGUCUGGAGAUGUUCCCUUCCUGAACAGCUACGUGCUAACAGCGGAGAAGAUGCAGCUGCAUCUCCUGCUGGAGGAUCCACAGCUGAUCCCAGGAGCUCUGAUCGAUCAGACCAAACACCUGGGCAACCUGAGCUWCWACAUMUGGACCGGCAUGAAGGAGCUGGYCUCCUACUCGCCCGUGAUCCUGGAUCCAAACACGGCCCACCGGGACCUCGUCCURUCCGGYGACCUCACCAGCGUGAGGCGAGACGAGAAGCAGGAGGUUCCUGAAAACGCCGAGAGGAUCCUGUCCUACCCGGCCGUCCUGGGCUCGGAGGGUUUCGACUCGAAGACCCACAGCUGGGAYGUGGAGGUCGGAGACAGUCCGCUCUGGGGGGUGGGGGUCUCGACGAAGCCCGCCUCGACUAGCGCGGAUGAAAUCCCAGCGCUCUUAAAAAUCUCCCUCUGCGAUGGGAAAUAUACUGCCGACUCCAGCCAAACUGCUUCGACAGCUCUCACCAUCAAAACCAAAGUCAGGAGGGUCCGGGUCCAUCUGGACUGCGACAGGAAGAGGGUGACCUUCAGUGACCCCGACACCAACACAAACAUCCACACGUUCACGCACAGCUUCACAGACCCGCUGUUUCCUUACUUUAACGCUGUGAAACAACAACAAACACUGAAGAUAACACCAGCCAAUGUUUCUGUAGAACCCAACAAACUGUAGAGCUUCCUUCUUCUUUUUAUUAUUACAAACACUCAGUUCAUCCUCACUGAACAUAAUUAAAUAAUCAAACAUUUAUCAAUUCAUGGAAAUGACUUGGUUGUGAAAAAGAAACUGAAAGUAGAUUAAAGAAACUGAAGCAUGAAAAAUGYGUUGAAGAUKAAACUAAAUUACAUAAAACACYCGCUUCGGAUGUUAUCAUCCA